AUGACAUCUCGCAUAGGAAUCCCUUCUAACCUAGUCCCAUCGGAUCCACAGGGAUCUGAAUUGCUUGCGAUCGAAAGAUCCAAAGCAACAUUUAAUAUAAAAGAAUUAACUUCGGUUAUAUAUACCGAAUCGGAAUUGAAAAAAUUUCAUGAAAUUUUAUCCAUCCUCCAAAACGACCCCUUUUUCGAUAAAAGUGAAAUUUGCUUUAUGGGAAGAAAAGAACUUUUCAAGUAUGCUUUGAGAAAAGAUAAAAAACUAAUUCAAUUAAUAAGGAAGCAUAAUUGGGACAUCGAAGAAAUAGAGAUUGCAGAGAUACUUCUAGAUCUCCCUGGACCGACCUCCAGAAGAAAUAUAAUGGAUUCCCAUACUAUAUUAUUUAGUAAUCACGCUGUUGUGAUGGCAAGAUUGUUAACAAAUAGUAAAGAUCAUGGUCCGCAUCCGUUCAUAGUACAAAUUAGAGAUUUAAAGACGCAUGAGCCGCUACCGGGAAUCACUAUCGGUGAUAUUGGUCCAAAAUUUGGCUAUAAUGCUACCGAUAACGGCUUCAUAUUAUUUGACCACAUAAGAAUACCAAGAAAAAAUAUGCUUUCCAAAUAUUCCCAAGUUGUCAAAGGUACUGGGGAGUACCUAAAACCGCCAAACAAUAAAUUAUCUUAUGGCACCAUGGUAUUGGUUCGUGCGGAGAUCAUCCUACAUGCAAGAAUAGUGCUAGCACGUGCCGCCACCAUUGCCGUUCGAUACUCGGCAGUGAGAAGACAAUUUGUAGAUAAGGAUAAGCCAAAUAGAUUAAGAAAUGGCGAUAUUGUAGAAACACCGGUUUUGGAUUAUACAAUGCAGCAAUAUAGACUUUUCCCAGUUAUUGCGCAAGCAUACACAUGUCACUUCACCGGAAAAGCGAUCAUAAAUCUUUAUAAAGAAAAUCAGAAGAGAAUUUCCAAUG